AUGAUGCAGAAGCCAUGGUCUGCGCCGCCAGAUGAAUGUGCGGAGGACGCUGGGGCCGCAGAGCCCGAGCCAGCUUUCAGUCAUCACGACCUCCUUUGUAAGGACAUCUAUGCCAAGAGCUCUAAGAAUUUGGAACGGCUUGGGCGGUUUAUGGAGAGCAGAGAGGUUCGGGACAAGGAGCGGGCCAACUGGUCACGGAACCGAUACAGGCACCAAAUCGCAUCUGCACAGCUCUGGGCAGGUCUUCACGAAUGUGCGAGCCACCUGAAGCCACAACCCUUAGAGUUGCCUCCUUUGGAUCCCCAUGCCUUCAACCCAUGGGAACCGGAGGUGGAUACUCCCUCCGGCCACGCCGGCCACACCGGCCCAACUUUUGGCGCCCCAGCAAGACCCACGCUUGUGCGCAAAGCGCGUGGCCUCUUCUCGCCUUAUGCCUCGAUGGGUGACUUGGCGGCAGCCUUCCAUGCGCCUGAAGAUGGAGGUCGGAGUGCGGCCAGGGCCCCGCUCACCAAGUCCGAGACGGACUUGCGACCAACACCAGGCCGCCGGCCCCGCGGUUUGAUGAAAGGUGGCCCCAAGCAGGAGAUUGUUUGGCCGGGUGGCUGGAUUCCCAAGCAAGCCGUGGGGAGUCGCGGCCUCCCGCAAGGAUUCAUCACAGCCAAAGCCUUCCCGGGUGGUGUGGUGAUGUACCCGAAGGACCGAUGGUUCCCGCCGGAGAAGACGGCGCCGAGCUCAUGA